UUCAACAUCCCAUUCACAAACUCACUCACAGAGUCACAGUCUAGGAAUCUGAUUCUUACACUUCUUGAGCUCCUUUUGGAUGUAUUGAAGGAUAAUAAAAUUGGUGGUGACAUUUCCUUAAAAAGAAAUGUAGCAUAAUCAGUGCGCCAACCGAACUGGAAAAUGUAGUGAACUGGGGGAUUGAGGGAGUACAUACAUAUGAAGCUUUAAGUUAUGUUAGUAAGCUCAGUUACGUGGCGAAAUCACUUAGGAAUUAGGAUUUUGUCUUUUAAGUACGAAAUUUUUGUGGGUUUAAUAGUUUAAGGUGUGGAAACUGUGUUAAUUGGAAUGCUAAUAGAAAAUUCCAGCCUUUUGAUUUUGUAACAAUUCCAUCAUUCUAUUGAAUUUGUAGAUGCGAGGCGACUUUUGCAUUCAAUGAUUGAAUAAGCAGUUUAGAUUGCUAACCUUUAUAUGGAUGGGAAAAUGAGGUUGAUGAAAGGAUUGUGAUUUCACGGUUUCAUUGAAGGACUCGAAGAAAAUAUGGGUUCACGUUUUUGGGGUGGUCAGAGUGACACCGAAACUGAGGAGGAGGAGAGUGAUUACGAUGAUGUUGAUGAGACGGUGACUGGUGCUGGCGAUUCCGGAGCUGCGGAUGCUGGGAGCAGGUAUCUACAAGCGAAUGCUAGUGAUAGCGACGACUCAGAUGGCCAAAAGCGAGUUGUCGUCUCCGCCAAGGAUAAGCGCUUCCAGGAGAUGUCUACCACUGUUGAGCAGAUGAAGAAUGCCAUGAAAAUCAAUGACUGGGUGAGCUUACAAGAGAGCUAUGAUAAGAUCAAUAAACAGCUCGAAAAAGUCAUGCGUGUUGUGGAAUCCGGUAGGGUUCCCAACAUUUAUAUAAAAGCUCUUGUAUUGUUGGAAGAUUUUCUGAACGAGACGUUAGCUAAUAAGGAUGCGAAAAAAAAGAUGAGCAGUAGUAAUGCAAAAGCAUUGAAUAAAAUGAAGCAGAACUUAAAGAAGAACAACAAGCAAUAUGAAGAUUUGAUUAAGAAAUACAGGGAAAAUCCCGAGGAUGAGGAUGAGGGGGAUGACGAUGAAUCUGAGGAUGAUGACGAUUCAGAUUUUACCGAUGAACCUGGGUCAGAAACUGAUGAAGAGACUGACAAGGAGGACGCUGAGACGAGAGACGACUUAGACCAACAGGGUGAUGAGUGGCGGGAGAAGUUAGGCAGGAAAGAUCGGCUUAUGGAUAGGCAAUUCAUGAAAGACCCGAGUGAGAUAACAUGGGAUAUUGUAAACAAAAAAGUUAAAGAAAUCGUUGCUGCACGUGGUAGGAAAGGAACUAGCAAAAUGGAGCUAGUCGAGCGGCUUACGUUCUUGACUAAGGUUGCAAAGACACCUGCUCAGAAGCUGGAGAUCCUUUUCAGUGUUGUAUCGGCCCAAUUUGAUAUCAACCCUAGUCUUAGCGGAUACAUGCCGAUUAAUGUGUGGAAAAAAUGUGUGCAAAAUAUGUUUGUUAUACUUGAUAUUCUGACUCAGUAUCCGAACAUUGUGGUGGAUGAUUCCGUAGAACCUGAUGAAAAUGAAACACAGAAGGGCCCAGACUGUAAAGAUCCUAUUCGAGUAUGGGGAAACUUGGUUGCCUUCCUUGAGAGGAUGGAUGUCGAGUUUUUCAAGAGCUUGCAGUGUAUAGAUCCUUAUACACGGGAAUAUGUUGAAAGGCUUAAGGACGAGCCUUUAUUUUUGGUUCUGGCUCAAAAUGUCCAGGAGUACUUGGAGAAAACGGGUAAUUUGAAGGAAGCUGCGAAAGUAGCCCUGAAACGUGUCGAGCUGGUUUACUAUAACCCUCAAGAAGUUUAUGAUGCGAUGAGGAUAUUGGCCGAACAGUCGGACGUGGGAACCGAGGAAGACGAAGGUGAUGAAUUCAAGGUGGCUGGUGAAGCAAAGGGCCCUUCCAUGUUUGUAGUAACUCCCACGCUUGUGCCACGUAAGCCUACUUUUCCGGAGUGCAGUAGGGCCCUCAUGGAUAGCUUAGUUUCUCUUAUUUAUCAAUUUGGAGAUGAACGAACAAAGGCUCGUGCGAUGUUAUGUGAUAUAUAUCACCAUGCCCUUAUGGAUGAAUUUCUGAUUGCACGCGACUUGUUACUGAUGAGCCACCUACAAGAUACAAUUCAGCAUAUGGAUAUUUCAACACAGAUUUUGUUCAAUCGGGCUAUGGCUCAGCUUGGUCUCUGUGCUUUUAGGAUUGGUCUGAUCACUGAAGGACACGGCUGCCUUUCUGAAUUAUACACAGCUGGAAGAGUCAGAGAGCUUCUUGCCCAAGGCUUCUCUCAGAACCGGUACCAUGAGAAGACUCCGGAGCAGGAGAUGAGAGAAAGAAGACAACAGAUGCCGUAUCACAUGCACAUCAAUUUGGAACUUUUGGAAGCUGUUCAUCUUUCUUGCGCAAUGCUGCUGGAGGUUCCCUACAUGGCUGCUAACACCUUCGAAUCACAACGCCGAAUCAUUAGCAAGACUUUCCGCAGAUUGCUUGAAACUAGUGAGAAACAAACUUUGUGGGGUCCGCCUGAAAAUGUUCGUGAUCAUGUUAUGGCUGCUACUAGAGCGCUCACUCAAGGAGACUUUCAAAAAGCCUUUGAUGUCAUCACAUCUCUCGAUGUAUGGAAACUCCUAAGAAAUAAAGAGGAUUCUUUCAAAAUGCUUAAAUCCAAGAUCAAAGAAGCGGCCCUAAAAACGUACUUGUUCACUUAUGCUUCUUCUUAUAGUUCGCUGAGUCUCGACCAGCUGUCAAAGAUCUUCGAUCUCUCAGUCACACAGAUACAUAGCAUUGUGAGCAAGAUGAUGGUAAAUGACGAGCUGCGUGCUUCGUGGGACCAACCCACCAGGUGCAUCAUCUUCCAUGAGGUUGAGCACAGUAGAUUACAAGCUCUUGCCUUCCAAUUGACGGAAAAGCUAUCUAUCCUGGCUGAAAAUAAUGAACGAGCUAUGGAGGCCAACUUGGGUGGUGGCACAUUGGAUGGCUUACCUCUUAGGAGGAGAGACGGGCCAGAUUAUGCCGCAGUUGCCUCAGCUGUUGGUGGUGGUAGGUGGCAGGACAACUCAUACUCCCAAGGAAGAAGCAAUGGGCGUACGGGAUAUGGUGGAAAGAGAUCGACUCCCGGGCAGUUUUCUGCUGGAGGGUAUACAAGAGGGGUAGGCUCAUAUGGGCGCCCGUCACGAGGACAACAAACAGAUUCUUCUCGUAUGGUCAGUCUAAAUCGUGGGGCUCGUUGAUUGAUAUAAGCCGAACAAUUUUGCCUCGAGGUAGCGUUGGUUGGAACUAGUCUUCUAAUUAUUUGCUACUUGCUUCUUUUGUGCACCGACUUCUAAUUUACUACACUUUUCCAUGAUCUUGAAACAUUGUUUGUGUAUUUUACUCGUGUUACAUUUGACUGCAUUGUUAACCCACCAAAUCUUUUUGGUGGGUUGCUUUUUUUUUUGUCAGCUUUAUGGUUAGUCAAACGGCUAAAAA